AAGUGGUGUCAUUCAACUGCAGAAAAUUAAAUGGAGAAACGGGAUUUCUUUCGUUCUCCACAAGUGGAUAAUAAUUUUCAGUUUCCUCCGAUAAAUCAUAAAAUUAUUUAGCGCAAAACUUUCUGUGAUAGCUCACCACACCCGCUAGUAUGUGAAGUGGACGGAAUUUAGUAAGAGAUUUUGGUUUCAAGAGCAUAAUUUGACUAAAAAAUAAAGUGCAACAGCAGCAACAACAAAUCGACUGAGGCAGAGAAAAUAGAAGAUAGCAAAAUCAGGAUGAGUUCGACAGGUGUUCUACCGUUUGUUCGAGGAAUCGAUUUCACCUGCAAUGAUUUCAGUGAUGGAAAAUUCCCCAGGAACAUUAAACACAUGUCCGGUGUACAAUGGCUCAAGCUGGAUCGGACGGGAAUCGACGAGAUUCCCGAGGAGAUGGGUAAGCUGAUGAAGCUGGAGCAUCUAUCGAUGAAGAAUAAUCAGCUGGAGAAGUUAUUUGGUGAACUAACUGAUCUGAACUGUUUGCGAACGCUCAACAUGCGCCGAAAUAAUAUCAAGAGUUCGGGUAUUCCAAAUGAACUGUUCGAUUUGGAAGAAUUGACGACACUGGAUCUAUCGCACAAUAAGCUGAAAGAGGUUCCUGAAGGGUUGGACAAGGCCAAGAGCCUGUUGGUUCUAAACCUGAGCAAUAAUCAAAUUGAAAGCAUUCCACCAUCACUUUUUAUAAAACUGACGGACUUGUUGUUCCUGGAUCUUUCCAACAAUAAGCUGGAGACGCUGCCACCACAAACCAGACGCCUUUCGAAUCUGCAAACUCUUAUUUUGAACGAUAACCCGUUGGAGUUGUUUCAGCUUCGCCAGCUCCCUUCGCUACAGAGUUUAGUCUGCCUUCAAAUGCGCAACACACAACGUACCACAACAAACUUCCCAGCGUCGCUAGAUAGUCUUUCCAACCUGCAAGAGUUAGAUCUUUCUCAAAACGCACUGUCCAAGAUUCCCGAUGCUCUGUACAACCUGUACAACUUGAAGCGGUUAAAUUUGAACGAUAAUGUCAUCCAGGAAAUCUCGCCUUUGAUCGAAAAUUUAGCCAAACUGGAAACUUUAAACCUCUCGAGGAAUAAACUGACGCUACUUCCUGCUACUUUGUGUAAACUGCAAAACCUUCGGCGUCUGUACGUCAACGAUAACCAAUUAAAUUUUGAAGGAAUCCCUUCGAGCAUCGGUAAGCUGGGCACCCUGGAGGUGUUUUCCGCAUCCAAUAAUCAGUUGGAAAUGGUACCGGAAGGUUUGUGCCGGUGUGGUUCCCUGAAAAAAUUAAAUCUCAGCUCAAAUAAGCUGAUAACACUGCCAGAAGCCAUCCACCUGCUAACCGAUAUGGAUCAACUUGAUUUGCGGAAUAAUCCAGAUCUAGUGAUGCCUCCGAAACCGGUGGAAGUGCAGCGCGGAGACGGACUUGCCUUCUACAAUAUUGAUUUCUCACUUCAAACUCAGCUACGGUUAGCGGGGGCAAAUGUGCCAGCCCAAGUUCAGGUGGCGAACAGCAGCAAGGAUCCGAUCGCUAGGAAACUGCGACUACGACGAGGAGCAAGAAAUGAUUCGGCGGAUCAGGAUUCGGCCAAGAUUCUCAAAGGCAUGCAGGACAUUGCCAAGGAGAAGAACACCCUUGGGUUUGAAGAUGAGAAGGUGGAGAAUUUGAAGCCUAAACGUUGGGACGAAACGUUGGAGAAGCCGCCGGUUGAUUAUUCGGAAAUAUUUGAGGAAGAAGACGGACAAUCUGUUGGGUUAACGAUUUGGGAAAUUGAGAACUUUUUGCCGAAUAGAAUCGAGGAGGCAGCCCAUGGAAAGUUCUACGAAGGAGAUUGUUACAUCGUGCUGAAAACGGUCCAUGACGACGUUGGGCAGUUGAGUUGGGAAAUUUACUUCUGGAUAGGGACAAAGGCAACACUGGACAAACGGGCCUGCGCUGCAAUUCAUGCAGUUAACUUGAGGAACUAUCUUGGAGCCCGCUGUCGAACAAUCCGGGAGGAACAAGGAGAUGAAUCCGACGAGUUCUUGGCACUGUUUGACACUGAGGUUGCGUACAUCGAGGGAGGUAGAACGUCAACAGGAUUCUACACUAUCGAAAAUUUGGUGUACAUCGUCAGGCUGUACCGGGUUCAUGAUGCUGGUGCUAACAUUCAUCUGGAACCGGUCGAGGUAACGCACGAGUCUUUGGAUCCCGGAUAUGUCUUUCUGCUGGACACCGGUCUGCAGCUCUUUAUGUGGUACGGCACAAAGUCCAAAAACACCCUGAAAUCCAAAGCCCGUUUGACGGCGGAGAAAAUCAACAAAAACGAACGCAAAAACAAGGCGGAAAUCUUCCAGGAAUACCAAGGCAGCGAAGGUGUUGAAUUUUGGAAGGCUCUCGAGUUCCCGAAUGGUCAAGGGCCUGGAGAAAAGCCCACUUCGCACGUCGACGUGGAUUUCCAACCGAUUCCUCCCCGACUGUACCAGAUUCAACUCGGCAUGGGUUACCUGGAGCUACCGCAAGUGGAACUACCCAGCAAAACGCUUCACCAUACGAUUCUUAACAGCAAGAAUGUUUACAUUCUGGAUUGCUACUUGGAUCUGUUUGUUUGGUUCGGUAAGAAAUCCACCCGGUUGGUGCGUGCUGCUGCUAUCAAACUGUCCCAGGAACUGUUCAACAUGAUCGACCGACCGGAGUAUGCACUGAUUACCCGCGUUCAAGAGGGAACGGAAACGCAGGUCUUUAAAUCUAAAUUCAUUGGCUGGGAGGAAAUUAUAGCCGUUGACUUUACUCGCACUGCUCAAUCCGUUGCUCGGACCGGAGCCGAUCUAACGGAGUGGGCCAAAAAGCAAGAAACUAAAGCUGACCUGGCCGCUUUGUUCAUGCCCCGACAACCGUCGAUGACGUUGAUCGAGGCCCAACAACUGGCGGACGAUUGGAACUAUGACCUGGAUGUGAUGGAAUCGUUCGUUCUGGAGGGCAAAAAGUUUGUUCGCCUUCCAGACGAGGAACUGGGUAUUUUCUACACCGGGGAAUGCUAUGUGUUUCUAUGCCGAUAUUGUCUCCCGGUGGACGAUGACGACGACGAGGAAGAGGAAGGUGAUACGGUGGAUAGCACAGGGAAUGGAAAAUUGAAAAAAUCGUCGGCACCACCUGCAGAAGAAAUUCAGUGUGUUGUGUAUUUUUGGCAGGGUCGCGAAGCUGGCAAUAUGGGCUGGUUAACCUUCACGUUCACGUUGCAGAAAAAGUUUAAAUCCAUGUUCGGAGAGGAACUGGAAGUUGUCAGAAUCCAUCAACAGCAGGAAAACCUCAAAUUCAUGUCCCAUUUUAAGGGGAAGUUUGUAAUUAAGAAUGGACGACGAAAGGAGAGGUUGAAGACUCCGGAAGGAAAGCUGCCGGUCGAAUUCUAUCACCUGCGCUCGAACGGAAGUGCUCUCUGCACGAGAUUGAUUCAGGUGAAGACGGAUGCUACCCUGCUAAAUUCGGCUUUCUGUUAUAUUCUGUUUGUGCCUUUCGAAACGGACGAUGAUUCAGAGACUGGAAUCUUGUACGUUUGGAUCGGAUCCAAAACAACAGCCGAAGAGGCCCGACUGAUUCAGGAGAUUGCCGAGGAUAUGUUCAACAAUCCUUGGGUUAGCUUUCAGAUUCUGCACGAAGGUGAAGAGCCAGAAAAUUUCUUCUGGGUUGCCCUGGGUGGUCGCAAACCCUACGACACCGAUGCCGAGUAUAUGGACUACACUCGACUGUUCCGCUGUUCGAAUGAGAAAGGCUACUUCACGGUAGCUGAAAAGUGUUCCGAUUUCUGCCAGGACGAUCUGGCCGACGACGAUAUUAUGAUUCUUGACAACGGUGAACAGGUGUUCCUUUGGCUUGGCUCCCGUUGCAGCGAAGUAGAGAUCAAACUGGCUUACAAAUCUGCACAGGUUUACAUCCAACAUAUGCGUAUCAAACAACCGGAACGGCCGAGGAAGCUAUUUUUGACUCUGAAGAACAAAGAAUCAAAGCGAUUCACGAAGUGCUUCCAUGGCUGGAGUGCGCACAAACGUCCCCCAGAAUAAUGCGUAAGCUGAUCGAAUUGAAUUAAUGGUUACGCACCAACCCCUACGGAAGAUGAAAAGAUUUUUAAGAAAUUAAGCGGAUCUGUACUUAUUGUUUUUAUUGGUAUAUCAAACAAUUGGAAGCAAUCCACUCUCUAUUGGUUAACAUUGGUCUGUAGUAAUGAACAUAUUGAUGCACGAUUGUUGAACAAGCAGUAGCAAUCCCCAUUCAUCAAUGAGUGGAUUAAGUUGUAAUUUUACAUUUAUUUAUUCUCUUUCUGCUAGUUGCUUCAUUUAUCGUAAAGAGGAUCCAGAAUGUUAAUCAGGAUUGUUUUAUUUGAUUUCAGUGGUAAAAUCUAAUAACAGUAGUAUUUACAAAUGUAUAAACAGAAACUCUACUCCACAAAUUUAAUAAAAUAACACUUUUCAAGCACAAUUAUUCCACACAAGUUUUUACGGGGUGUUCUUUUUUAUUCGAAAUAUUCCGAAAAAAUUCGCGUCAUUUUUCGAAUUAAGGUGUUUGAAGAUUCAUAACAU